AUGUCGUUGCGCUUGGACGUCGUGCUGCUGAGCGGCAGGGGCGCGUCCCUGGAAGUGGACGCGAGCUCCACCAUCGACGCACUGAAGCAGCGGGCGCAGCGGGAGUUAGGAGUGGCUCCUGGAACCUUGGUGACCAGCGCCGGGGUGGAGGUGAAAGGACAGGCUACCCUUGCAGCGGCCGGCCUGCAGCAUGGCGAUCUCUUGAGCCUGCACACGAAGAGAGUCCAGGUGGCUUCGUCACGCACAGGGGGAUUCUCCGCCAUCCUCGGGGACGGCUCGGUGGCGUGCUGGGUGAGUCGAAGCUGCGAAGAUUGCAGUGCUGUUCAGGAGCAGCUGCAUUCGGUGCAGCAGAUCCAGGCUUCCGAUUGCGCCUUUGCUGCCAUCUGCAGCGACGGCCGCGUCGUGACGUGGGGCAACCCUGCCUACGGCGGGGACAGCAGUGCCGUACAGGAGCAGCUGCAGAACGUCACGCACGUCCAAGCUUCCGCGCGCGCCUUCGCGGCGCUCCGUGGCGACGGCCGUGUGGUGACCUGGGGCCCCUGGCGGUGGGGGGGUGACAGCAGCGCCGUGAAGGAGCAGCUACAAGACGUGCAGCAGAUCCAGUCUUCUAGGGGUGCCUUUGCUGCUAUCCUUACCGACGGCUCAGUUGUUACCUGGGGCAGCUCUGCUGGAGGUGGUGAUAGCAGCAACGUCCGGAUGCAGCUGCAGGAUGUGCGCUGGAUCCGAGCGUCCUAUGCAGCCUUUGCCGCCGGGCUCGGUGAUGGUUCUGUUGUGACCUGGGGAAUAUGGGGACUGGGUGGUGACAGCAGCAGGGUCCAGGAGGGUUUGCAAGACGUGCAAGAGGUUCAAGCCUCUCACUCAGCGUUUGCUGCCAUCCUUGGCAACGGCUCCGUUGUGACGUGGGGAGACAUCUAUGCAGGUGGUGACUGCAGCGACGUCCAGGAGCAGUUGCAGGAUGUACGGCGCAUCCAGGCUUCCUUCAGGGCAUUUGCCGCCAUUCUUGGGGACGGCUCCGUUGUGACCUGGGGCAGAGCCCUCCAAGGAGGCGACAGCAGUGCUGUGCAGGAGCAGCUGCAUUCUGUGCAGCAGGUCCAGGCUUCCGAUUCCGCGUUUGCUGCCAUCCGCAGCGACGGCCGCGUCGUGACAUGGGGCGACUCUUCCUUCGGUGGGGACAGCAGUGUUGCACAGGAGCAACUGCGGGACGUAGUUCACGUUCAAGCCUCUGAGCGCGCCUUUGCUGCCCUCCUUGGCGAUGGUCGUGUGGUGACCUGGGGCCACCCUGAUUCGGGCGGAGACAGCCGCGCCGUGCAGGAGCAGCUGCGCGACGUUCAGCAGCUCCAGGCGAUGUCGAGCGCGUUUCUUGCCGUUUGCGCAACUGGCGGCAUUCUCACCUGGGGCAAGCUCUCGAUUGAGUGA